AUGGCAGCCCAAAAAGCAAGCAGCAACCAUACCACCGACAACGGCUCGUCUAGCCACAGCGUCGGUGGAGGCAGUUCCCGCAGCUAUCACCAUUCAUCUGGUCUUGCUGCAGAGACUUGGACUGGUACAGGCAUGCUCCAGCCACCCCAACGUCAAGUAAACAUUCCCACUGACCGAUCAAAAGGAACUCAUGUGGCCGUCAAUCAAGAUAGCUUCACUGCACUGAUCAACAGGAAUGGUAACAUCAGUGGUGAGCUUCGUGGCAUCAGCAGCGUCGGACGGUCCAGAAGCUCCUCCCUUGAUGUCAACCUCGAUGAGGACAAUUCCAGCCAAGCGAACGGUAAUGGCGGCACCGGCAACGGUAACAAUGAUGCCAGACGCAACGUGUGA